CAGGGUCAGGGGUCCUGCCGGCCACAGGCUGGCCUGUGGGGGCCCUGGGUCUGGGAGUCGGGGGGCUCCCGAGUGAGGGUCGUGGGGAGGACCUCGUCAGCCAUGCUGGUGCUCUGAACUCCCGCAUGACAGAGGUGGCUGCACUGGCCCAGACGCUGUGGGCCCCGGGACAGGCUGUGGCCGAAAGUGAGCCCUGGCUGAGGAGGCAGCAUGAGCGGCGGGAAGAACUGUGCUGGCAGCUAGACUGUGUCAAGGGCGUGGCCUGGCCUAAGGGGGCCCCAGGAGUCCAAGAGGCUGUGGCCCAGGCCUCCUCAGCUGCCCUGCUUUCCCAGGAGGCCGUGCGUGGGGCCCAGGCCGUGGCCACACUUGGAGGACCGGACCGCAUCCUGGGACAGGCCUGCGAGGCCCAGCAGUGGACAGAGCGGUUCUACGGGGAAUGCAGGGGCCUGGGCCCUGGGCUGGCCUGUGUUCCUGUGCCCUGCGCCGUGCCCCCGUGCCCUGGGACUCUGCCCGCUGCCGGGUGGGCUCCGGCCAUCUCCCACAACACCUCCUCUAGCCGGCACCAAGCCGGCACAGCCUCGGCGCAGCAGCGGCAGCUGCUGCAGCACAUCCAGGCCACAGCAAGCUCCACGGGAAUCCAGGCCCGGGAGACAUGGCAUCGUGCAAGGGGUGCCUGGGGUGUGGCCACCCUGGCCCCUGUGCAAGCAACUAUGCAUAGGAUCCAGCGUUUCCUCUUGGAUGAAGGUGCGGAUGCUGCGAGUGUGGAGCUGGCGGCACGGCUAGGGCUGGCAGUGCCCUGCCCCCAGGGUGAGGCCGUGGGCAUCGCCCUCCUGCUGGAUCAGGCCCAGAAGGCCCUCCCUGCACUGGGCGCUGGAGGCCAGGAGCUGCCCACGGCUGACCGUGUCCUCCACCAGGCACAGCAGACCAGGGAAGGUACUGCCAGGGCCCAGGGCCGAGCGCAGGGCGUUCAGGGGGUGCUGGCUGAGGCGGGAGCUCACACCAGGGCUGCAGAGCAAGGGCUGCAGGCGGCCAGACGGACACUUGGAGGCCUGGAGGCCAGUGUAUAAAAGGUGGCGGGGCGCCUGGCCCAGAUGACGCUGGCAGCGGAUGUGACCCCGGACCCGGGGCUUCUGUCCAGUGCAGCUGUGGCUCUCAGGACCCGUGUGGCCCUGUGCCAGCAGCAGGCCCAGGAGGCAGAAGAGCGGGCAGCACGUGCCCUGGGCUUGGCUGGGGGCCUGGGCAAGGUGAGACGGGAGCAGUGGACAUUGGGGUGUCAGGACGCCCGGCACAGUGUGAAGUGGGGUUUGGGCUGGGACUGGGCUUUGCUGGGCUGAGGUGGGGUCUCAGCUCUAAAACCCCGCGCCCCGGGGACGGGGACGGGGGCUGCCGUGCGUCUGGGUCCAGGUGGGGGGGUUCAGGUCCAGCCCUGCUCCGGGAGCUGCAGGCGGCCCGGGCAGGUGUGGUGGAGUUGCAGGACGGCACGCGCAGCCGGCUGGCCACAGUGCGGGGUGCAGGGGAGAGGGUGCAGCGGACACACGCCGAGGCCCAGGAGCUGCUAACGUGGGUGCAGGCCCGCUGGAGCCGCCUGGAGGGGCUGGAGCGCCGCCUGGUGCAGAAUGAGCAGACCCUGGGCAAGAGGGUGGCCACACUGGGGGCCCUGGAGCGGCGGGCAGCAGCGCUGCUGGAGCACCUGCGGCUGCCGGCCACCGCCCACACCACCUGCUGACGGCCUCCUGGGUGCCAAGGGGGGGGCUCUGGGCCUGCCUGGGGGACUCAAGGGGCUGCAGACACCACUGGGUGACCCUCAUGUGACCCCUGAUGUCCUCAGCGGCCCUCUGCCUGGGAGAAACCUGAGAGACCAUGGAAAAUCCCCGAGGCCAUCGAGGCCCCUGCCCCUGACCGAUCCGUGGUCACCUUAGUGUCCCGAGCCCCCAGGUUGGCUCUGGGGAUGCCGGGAGGUGGGAGACCCCUGCUCCACACUGACUGGCCUCCAGCCCAGACUCCCUUGGGAAAGCCUGGGGGUCCCCCCGAGAACCCCAGCUUUCUUUCCUGGACCCCCGGCUCCCGGCCCCUCCCCAUCUGGCCCCUCAGAGCCCCCCGGGGAGCUGAGGUCCCAGUCCUGGUCCCUGGAGCCUGGGUGGGGCAGCUCGCAGCGCAUUCCAGCCGAAUUCAGCUCCCGGCAAGCUGGAAGGUCCGGAGCGGACGCGCGGCCAUAAGAUCUGGACCGCUCGCUGCCUCUCCGGUCCGGUCGGUCUGUUGUGGCCACCCAGCACCCAUUUCCAUGCGACGGAGACUGCACUUCCCGUGCGACCUGCUUUAGUGGCCAGGGAGCCGGAGGCCCUGGACCCAGCGGCCUCUCUCCCACCCGCCCCCUCCGGCCAGCAUCCUAAGCUGCCCACCUUCCUGAGCCGGGGGCUGGACGCCCUCCCGCUCUCCGCUGAUGCUGGAGCCCUGGGUCCCAAGGCCUAGCUGCUGUUGACCUCCACCUAGGUGGCCAUGACCCUGCGGACAAAGGCCAGGUUCCAGGGGCCGUUCAAACGUGAAGUCUCACAGACCAGACUCCGAGCCUUGGCUCGCGCCGUGGCCCUCGGUGCGCCCCCUGACCAGACCACGGUGGCCUAAAGCCCCAGCCCCCCUCUUCCCCCUUGCACUGCCGAGAUCUGGGCAUCAGGACUCAAUAAAAAUUUGCAGCUGAGCUGACCUGGGCCUGGU